CCACUCCCUGCCUGAACCCGCCCUACAGAUGGACAGGCGCCGGGUUUGUCCGCUCCUCCGCCUCUGGGUCUUCUCCGGGCUCCUUCGCUUCGGGCUGAUGGACAUGCGCCCCUCCCCCUCCUUCCUGCUGCUGGCGCCCCGAGAGGUGCAGCAGGGGGUCCCCUUCAAGCUGUCCGUCUCCAUCCUGGCCUCCAACAUCCAGGUCGUCGUCAGCUGUCGGCUCCAGGGGAGCGGCUACAACGCCUCGUCAUCACGCACCGUCAUCCUAGGAGGUUCCACUGCCCUGGUCGAGCUGCCGCUCACUGCCCCCCUGCCCGACCGCUCCAUCCUGCUGGCCGUUCAGGGCCUCUUCGACGGACGCCUGCUGUUCUCCAGCGAGAGGGAGCUGGCGGUCCGGGACCCGGCGGUCACCAGCCUCAUCCAGACGGACAAGCCCCGCUACCGGCCGGGGGACGCCGUCCGGAUCCGGGUGGUCUCCUUCGGGGCGCAGCGCAGACCCCAAGGCGGCCCCGUGGACAUGGUGGUUAAGGACCCCAGGGGGAACAUCAUCCGGCAGUGGCUGGCCCUCAACUCCACCCGGGGCGUGGUCAGCCAGGAGCUGCAGCUCUCCGAUCACCCGCCGCUGGGUCGCUGGACCGUCCACACCACCGUGCACGACGUGGAGCGGGAGAAUCACUUUACCGUGGCUCACUAUGUUCUUCCUAAAUUCCAAGUUCGGAUCUCGGUGCCCAGCGUGGUGUACCACACAGACUUCCUGUUCGGAUCUGCGAGCGCUCAGCACUCGUACGGCAAACCAGUGGCCGGAAGGAUGGUUGUGACGUACAUCCACGAUGGGGAGGUCCUGACCUCUGACCGGGCCGUCAUGGUUGAUGGCGCCGCUCGCUUUGAGCUGGACCUGUCAGAGUACCCUGCGGUGGGCAGGUCGCACCGCGGCCAUGGGGCCCUGACGGUGUUGGUCAAUGUGACGGAGGCUCUGACAGGACUGAUGCACAGCAGCGAGGCCCCAGUGUUGGUGGAGCGUUCCAGGUACAAGCUGUCCUUUGAAGGCAGCCCCUCUGUGUUGAGGCCCUCUCUGAACUUCACAGCCAGGCUGAGCAUCUCCACCUACGACGGGCGACCUUUGACCCUAGAGGACCAGGCGCGGACGGUCUUGGUGACGGUGUUGCAGCACCAGGUCUAUGCAUGGGACGGGCCGUUCGGACCGGACAUCGUCAGGAACUUUUCGGGCAUGCCAGAGACCAAGGACAGACAGGAGCAGAUGAGCUUCCCCGUCCCGGCCGACGGGUUCAUUCCUCUCCUCAUCGAGGUCCACGAGGAAACCGGAUCUCUGGUUAUCGACGCCACGCUGGAGGACACCUACAAGACCCUCUCAGUAGUGAGUCGAUACCGCUCGCCCAGUCGGUCCUACCUGCAGAUCCACAAUCCCAGCGCACCUGCACAGGUCGGGACGCCCCUCCUGCUGACCGUUGAGAGCAACUUCGACACACCCCACUUCUUCUACAUUGUGAGGUCCAGGGAUAGGGUCCUUGAGUCCGGAACGUUCUCCGGGCCCCUGGCUCUGACCCCCGAGGCGUCGUGGGCCCCGACGGUCUGUCUGGUGGUCUACUGCGCCCGGGACGACGGCGAGGUCGUCAACGGGGUCCUCCAGCUGCCGGUGCCCCUGGAGCUGCAAAACCAGGUGUCGCUGAGCUGGAGCGAGGGGCAGCGGCGCCCGGGGGAGGAGGUAUCGCUGAGGCUCUCCGUGUCCGAGCCCCGGUCCCUGAUCGGCAUCCUGGUGGUCGACACGGCAACGCACCAGCACAACUCCACCAACGACAUCACCACGGCGUCGGUGCUGAAACAGUUGUAUGGCGGUGUGAGUGAGCAGUUCCGCCCUGAUGAAUGGAGCAUCGGAGACCCCUCAUCCCUCUUCGAGUCCUGUGGCCUCAUAGUGCUGACGGACGCCACGGUGAACGCCAUACAGGAACAUGAGAUGGUGAUUCCCUUCAUAGAGGACGUAAUGAUGGAGAAAGAGGAAGAGCAUGAGGAGCCCAGGGAACGUCGCCACUUCCCGGAGACGUGGCUGUGGAUGGACGUCUACACAGGCGAGGCGAACACCUCGGAGAGGACCGUCACCGUGCCCGACAGCAUCACCACCUGGCAGGCCACCGCCUUCGUCAUGUCUGAGGAGCUGGGCCUGGGCAUUCUGGACACGCCGGCACGGCUCAGGGUGUUCCAGGAUUUCUUCAUCACCUUGAAUCUUCCCGCCUGCAUCAUCCGUGGAGAGGAGCUGGUCCUCGAGCUCAACCUCUACAACUACUUGGCCAUGGACCUCCAGGUCACAGUGACGGUUGCAUACAGCGCCUCCUUCGAGUUCGUCUUCCCGGACGUCCCUGGGCUCCAGAUGGCCAGCUUACGCGAGGUGCUCGUCAAAAGAAACGGUGGCACGAACCUCAAGAUUCCCAUCAGGCCUUUAGCCCUGGGACAGAUGCCCAUCUCGGUGAAGGCCAUGUCAUCCCAAGCCAGCGACGCCAUCAGGCGGAACGUCCUCGUCAAGGCCGAGGGGCUGGAACAGACCUACUCCAGCACCCUGUUCGUGGAGCCGUCGCUGGGGAACCGCAGUUUCAUCGGGGAGCUUGAGUUUGACUUCCCUACAGAUGUCGUGGCGGGCAGCGAGAGGGCUGAGGUGAUGGUGGUGGGUGACCUCCUGGGCCCCUCUAUCGAGGGUCUGGACUCCCUGAUCCAGAUGCCCUACGGCUGCGGCGAGCAAAACAUGAUCCACUUUGCCCCCAACGUCUACGUCCUCCAGUACCUCGACCGCUCGGGACAGUCUGCCCCCGAGACCGUUGCCAGGGCGACCAUGUUCAUGCAGAAAGGUUACGAGCGAGAGCUGUCCUACCAGAGAGAGGAUGGCUCGUUCAGCGCUUUUGGGGAAAGUGAUUCGUCUGGAAGCACAUGGCUCUCUGCGUUUGUGCUGCGGUGCUUCCUGCCGGCCCGGAGGUUCAUCCCCAUCGACCCCAGGGUGCUGGCCCGCACGGCCAGCUGGCUGAGCGGCCAGCUGGGCCCGGACGGCAGCUACCUGGAGCCUGGCCGGGUCAUCCACACCGAGCUGCAGGGCGGUCUGGACGGCCCCGCCUCCCUCACCGCCUACGUCCUCAUGGCCCUCCUCCAAGACGACGAGGUCCGGAGCCAGUACAGCACCCAGGUGUCCGAGGCCCUGAUGUACCUGGAGACCCGCCUGGCCUUGGGCAUCUCCAGUGACUACGGCCUGUGCCUGGUCACCUACGCCCUGGCCCUCUCCGAGAGCGCCAGCGCCAGCAGCGCCUGGGACACCCUGGUUGGCCGCGCCCAGAUCAGAGACGGCGUGCCCUUCUGGAGGGCGUCCGAGCCCGGCCUGACCCGGUCCUGGCAGCCCCGCACGGCCGACAUCGAGAUGGCCGCCUACGCCCUGCUGUCGCUGCACCUGCUGGGCCGUCUGGAGGAGGGCAUCCCCAUCAUGAAGUGGCUCACCCAGCAGCGCAACCACCUUGGGGGGUACGGCAGCACGCAGGAUACCGUGGUGGCCCUACAGGCGUUGUCGGUCUUCGCCUUCGCCAGCGCGGAGGGCCCAGACCUCUCCAUCCUGGUCGAGUCGGGAGGCGUCACCGUGGGAACCUUCAUCCUGGACACCAACAACCACAUGGUCCAACAGAGCCGACAGAUUGAUGCCGCCGGUGAAUUAAAGCUCCACGUCACCGCCGUGGGGCAGGGGGUGGCCCUUGUUCAGCUCAACGUGUUCUACAACAUCAACAACACCGAGCUGGAGAGAAGGAAACGCGACGUGGGCGACGACGAGGCCUUCCAUCUCAACGUCCAGUUCUUUGACGGACAAACGCUCUUUGGCGCACGGACACCUCCACGCCUGUCCGUCUGCUUCAGGCUGGUGGAGGAGCAGGAGCUAAAUCAGACCGGCAUGGCGCUCCUGGAGGUGGGGCUUCUCAGCGGGUUCACCCUGGCCCAGGACGGAGUCCAGACCAACAACAACACCAUGAAGGUGGAGGAGGAACCUGGGAAGGUCAUCGUGUACCUGGACUCGGUGAGCCGGGCGGAGCAGUGCCUGGAGAUCCACCUGCUUGUGGAGCACAUGGUGGCUCGGGUCCGGCCCGCCUCGGUGGUCCUCCUGGACUACUACGAGCCGCGACGGAGGACGGUGAGAUCUUACACCUCCGGAAUCAGACAGCAUAUGGACUCCUGCGGCUUCUGUGGAGAAGACUGCAGCGAGUGCAGCGUGAAUGUGUUAGCCUCAAGAACGGACGACCGCCGCCCCCUACUGGCCCUGUUACUCUGCCCCCUGCUGGCCAUCCUAGGUUAUGGCAUGUAGACAGUUGUGGAGUUAGCUCUGUGGUAGCUGUAUUCUGGCGAGCUGGAUCAUCAUUUCCCUCGUGAGGGUGCACUAUGCACUGCCUCUGUGAAUAGAUGUUGGGGUCGUAGAACGAAAAUAUCCUUUCCACUGAUUUUUUCUGUGAAUUUUUAAACAAAUUAAAAAAUAUUAAAGCUUUUAACUGAAUUGCA